AUGCCUGCGCCGGUUCUAUACCGCAGCACGCACCGUGUGAAAGUCGGCCAGAGCUUCCGAUUUGUCAUCGACUACUCGCCGUUCGAAUCGCCCGAACACUACGCUUCCAAACCUCCGCAAAGUCUCUGGGUCCGUAUCCGCAAUACCGAACCCAUUCCGAUGCGAGCAGCUUACUUGGCUGGACCCUAUGUUUUGUAUGUGGACUGCCGGCCGGAAGAAUACAAUGUCCAUGAAAAGUCGUUUGUAACCGCAGAUCAGCCUGUGUUUGACCUGCAACUUCUUCCGGGAAAAGCGUUUUAUGCCGAAUUGCUGUGUCAUACAUAUCGCCCAAAGUACCGCUGGACGGUCGACGUGGUGUCCCAAAUUCUUUUCAACAAUUCAAUCGCUACAAACUUUGACGUGUGCAUAGCUACAGACAAGGACAUGUCACAUUAUUCUGUACCAGCACCUCAUUUUGCCGUUUCUGUAUAUGACACCCUCGAUUUGUGGAACUUGCCCGUUCCAGAUACAACAAAACCUCUACACUUGGUGAUCUUGACACAUGGCCUCCAUUCUAAUGUUUCUGCAGACAUGAUGUUUUUGAAAGAGCAAAUCGAUAGUCUGCAAGAAAACGUCGUCGUGAAGGGCUUCUUUGGAAAUGUCUGCAAAACAGAAAAGGGCAUCAAGUACCUCGGGAGCCGUGUUGCUGAGUACGUGGUUGGCUUGGUUCGCAACGAAACAUUUUCGUCCGUGGAUAAAAUCUCCUUUGUGGGACAUCUGCUCGGCGGUCUCGUGCAGACAUUCGCCAUUGCGUAUUUGCAGAGCAACUACCCUUGGUUUUUCGAGAAGAUUCGGCCUGUGAAUUUCGUCACUCUUGCAUCGCCUAUGCUUGGAGUGAUACAUGAAAAUCCUACCUAUGUCAAGCUUGCGCUUCUGGCUGGCGUGGUGGGCAGAACGGGACAAGAAUUAGGUCUUCAGCUCACCGAAGUGGGGAAAAAGCCCCUUCUUCUUCUUCUCGCAUCAGGCAUAACGCAUAAGGUCCUCAAACGAUUCAUGAGACGCACAGUAUAUGCUAAUGUGGUGAACGACGGCAUUGUACCAUUGCGAACAUCUGCUUUGCUAUAUUUGGACUACCAUGGGCUCUCACUGCUUGUAGGACCAGGAGAAAAAGUGGCCGAAGAUGCGAAAAUCCCCGUCGAUUUGCCUAAUAAUGAGGAUAGCCAAACACUGCCCUUGCUGAGUAUGCUUUCCUUCUUUAUGCCACAAAAACAGCGUGACAGAUAUAGUCGUUAUCAAACGAACAGCAGCAGUACUGAAUCUGGGAAUAGCAUUGAGCGCACAUUGGAGGAGAUACCCAAACCAUCAAUGAUUGAAAGUGCAACGUCGCUUAUUCUCCCUCCGUUGCCAUCGACCAAGUACAUCACCGACCCAGAUUCACGGGAGAACGUUAUUUUGCACGACAAGGUUUAUAGUGAGGACGACUUGCCUAAUCUUAAGGAAGACGGAACUAAGCAACAGGACCAGAAGAAAAAGGGUGUGAUUCAGAUGAUUUCAGACAAGCGAAACGAGUUCCGUCAGCUUAUAGAGGGAAACGUUUCUGAACAUUACGAGGAGGAGAUUGCACGUGAGUAUCAUAAGCUGAUGCUGUGGCGGAAAGUUUUGGUAAAGCUCAAACCAGACGCACAUAAUAAUAUCGUAGUGCGGCGACGCUUCGCUAACGCAUACGGCUGGCCCGUAAUAGAGCAUCUUGUGGAAAACCACUUUGGAUUGGAUGAAGAUACAGAGCCACAGACUGAUGAAACUACAAUGGAUGAAGAAAGCAGCGAGACAGACGGAACCGAGCUUACUAAGAUCCUUUCGCGUGAUGUUCUCGAACGCGAGAAUGAACAGCUAGACAUGGAGCCAGAUGACAGUACAUGGAUAGACUCCAAAGUUAAUGGUGGUGGGUUUGUAGGACCUGCUGGCCUUCUUUCAGAGGUGAGCGAUAUGAUGUAUCGGUUCAAGGAACAGGUGAGUAACUACGGAACAAGUUAUAGCGAAGAACCAGUUGCAGUGAAGGAAUCCCCCACACGGCUAAUGGGUGAAUUUUUUUAA